UUUUUCUUUUACUCCUCCAAGGUUCCAUUCUGUGUUACAACGCUCGGUUGGGGGUUAGCUGGUGGGUUCACUGGGUUGGGUGUCGCUGCACGGCCUGCUCACCACAGCCAGAUGGGCGGCUUCGGGAGGAAAGGCGACAGGGAACGGACAGGGAGGCAGGGGAUGGCAGGCCGAGCUAGCGGUGCACGCUGCAAUGUGCAUGGUGCCAUGGUGGUAAUGGGUGGUGGAGGUGGAGGGAGAGGAGCACAGGAGCACAGGAGUACAGGAUGA